CUGCGGCGCUCGUCGGAAAGGCUCCGGGCAAACUCCCAGGGCCCCGGGGACUUUGGAGAGAGCGAGCUGUCCCCGCGCGCGCAAGUCCGCCAAGUGAGCGCUCAGCUCACCUGUUUCUCCCGCGCCACCGCCUUCCCACCCCUCGGACUCGCGCCUCCCGAGGUGCCCGCCCGCUCCCGCGAUGAAUCCGGCGCUGGGCAACCAGACCGAUGUGGCCGGCCUGUUCCUAGCCAACAGCAGUGAGGCGCUGGAGCGCGCCGUGCGCUGUUGCACCCAGGCAUCCGUGGUGACCGACGACGGCUUCGCGGAGGGCGGCCCGGACGAGCGUAGCCUGUAUAUCAUGCGAGUGGUGCAGAUCGCCGUCAUGUGCGUGCUCUCGCUCACCGUGGUCUUCGGUAUCUUCUUCCUUGGCUGCAACCUCCUCAUCAAGUCCGAGGGCAUGAUCAACUUCCUAGUGAAGGACCGGAGACCGUCUAAGGAGGUGGAGGCGGUGGUCGUGGGGCCCUACUGACCGGCCCCCGGCCCCCGCGGCAGCCGCCCCAUGCCUCCCCACAUCACCAGCCGGGCCGCGCCCCCUCACCAUCCGAGACUGGGCGAAGCAAACCUGUCGGAGUCAAUUAUUUCUCUCGACUUCUGCUUUUCGGGAUGAAGCGACCCGCUUUCUCGCUGGCUCUCUGAAAGUCCCCAGGCCUGGCUAUAGAAGAGAGCCCUGACUCUGGACUCCAGCAGCAAGUGGCAAGAAGAAGGCGAUUGGGGCGCAGAACUUUGGAAGCUGCCGCUGGCGCGGGAUGCGGGGACACCGGCCGGGCCAAGGCCCCUUUCCACCCGCAGGUGGGCCAAGCUCUGGGGGCAGGUGGAGAGGGCGGGCAGGGAGAGACCAACGGCACCGCUUGCCUGGUGACUGGAAAAGUGACCCGCGUAUACUCCACUUAACAGAACUAACGGGGACACACAAAUCCGUGUCCGGCUUCGCGCCCGUUCCCUCCCGCUCCUCCCAGCCCUGGCAGGAAGGGCGAUAAAUACCUUUGAUUGAUUGUAACGUGCCGUUUUAAGGGAUCUUGUGUUUGUUUGCUUGAAUACAAAUAUUUGAUAAGUCUUUUUCCGCCCUAGUGGCCUGUUUGCCUGCCUGGGGGUUAGAGUUUUGUGU